ACCCUCUCCCUACCCUCUCUCCCUCACACACCACAGCAGUUCUCAGAGAACGUCCUCUUCCUUCCCUAGCAUUGCUCUGGUUCAGCAGGUUAAUCGAAAGCCUGGACCACCACUUGUCCUUGUUCUUCAACAGAUCUUGUAGGCGCUCAUUAAUCUGGGUCUUAGUCAUAGCUUAAUCUAUCUAGCCAGGCUCUGAAGAAGUCUGUCCUGAUAAUGAUCUUGGGCUCCUGCUACUGCAUCGAACUCGUCAGCACCGCCUGCCCGCUGGGUCUCCACACCAGGAAGAGCUUUUAUUUCUGGAUCUUCCACAUCUUCAACAGAUACUUCCUCCUUGUUCAUUGACGCUAGCUAGUGCUUUCAUUCUCGCUCUACCACCUAUAUAUAUACAUAAGUGCUCUUCUGCCUGAACUAUUUACUGGGCAGUUGGCAUUAUUACUACAGCUAGUAGUACUGUUCCAUUCCAUCGGUAGCGGCAUUAUUUGCUUCUUCCUGAAUAGCUUGCAAGUGUACAUUCAUAUUACCCUCUCAUCUCGGCCAAUAUAAUGGGCACCAUGACCCUGCCGCCCGGGUUCCGCUUCCACCCCACCGACGACGAGCUCGUCGGCUACUACCUCAAGCGCAAGGUCGACAACCUCAAGAUCGAGCUCGAGGUCAUCCCCGUCAUCGAUCUCUACAAGUCCGAGCCAUGGGAGCUGCCAGAGAAGUCGUUCCUGCCGAAGCGCGACCUGGAGUGGUUCUUCUUCUGCCCGCGCGACCGCAAGUACCCCAACGGGUCGCGCACCAACCGCGCCACGGCCACGGGGUACUGGAAGGCCACCGGCAAGGACCGCCGCAUCGCCUGCGACGGCGGCGUCUACGGCCUCCGCAAGACGCUCGUCUUCUACCGCGGCCGCGCACCCGGCGGCGAGCGCACCGACUGGGUCAUGCACGAGUACCGGCUCUGCCAGGACCUCGCGCACGGCGCCUGCAACUUCAUCGGUGCUUACGCGCUGUGCCGCGUGAUCAAAAGACACGAGGCCGGGCUGCUGCAGGGAGAGCCGGCGGCCAAGGUGAAAGGGGCCAGCAACGCGGCCGGCGGGAGAGGGCAGAUGAGCAAGGUCUCCAGCAGCUCGUCCCUCGUCAGCAGCGAGCAGCUCAGCGCGUUCACGCCCACCAAUUCCAGCCCGCCGCCUCCUACUCUGGAUAUGAGCAGGGGAAUGUGCACGAUGGCUGAAUCCGGCAACACGUACCAGAGUCCACUCGCGUACGGCGGAGACGCGACGGCGACGGCCACCACCGGGCUGCCGUCGAGCCCGCUGCCCCCACCCCUGUUCAUGCCCAGCGACCACUCGUCCCCGCACGACACGUUCUUCAUCGGCGACGUCUUCCCCGCCGAGUCUCGUUCGCACGCGCCGCCGCUCUUCGGCGGCGGCGACAUGGGGAUGGGCGCCGUGGAGCACGAGCUGAGAUGGGACAGCUUCGCCUACCCGAACACGUUCUCAAAUGGUGCCGAGAUGUGGAACGCGGCGGCGAGCCCGAUGCUGUGCAGGCAGGCGAGCGACGGCGGCGGCGUCGACGACCUGGCGGCGUUCUUCUUCUCGGAGGACAACAGGAUCGUGUUCUGACCUCGAGAGGAAUGACCAAGCGACGAUGCCCCUGAUUCGCAUGCUCCUGAAGAUGGCAUGUUUGACUCUGGGAAAUAAGACUUUUCGGUGACCUGCUGCUUCCUGCUCCCAGAAAUGGCGGUAUAUUUUUCAGCCACGGUACGGGAGCUAGCGUAUAUAUACAUAUAUGUAUUAUGUAUACGUGUUUAAUUUUAUACAGGAUAUCCGUGCCUUUUAUAAGUUGGUAAAGAUACUAAGAUAUAAAAGGCUGUUGGGUACUAUUGGCUACAGAGUGAUGGCACCAUUUUAGUACAGUCUUCUCCUCUGUAGCACGGUCGUGUUGUGUACCGUCUCACCUUUUUUUUUUCUAAUGUGUGUGUUCUCUUCUUCAUUCUCUAUGUACUCCUGUGCUUGUCCUGUACUGUGUACCGUCGAGCUAGUACUACAAUGCAAUACCAAUAUAUUGCAGUGCUUUGUAGCCUUGUUAAUUUCA